GUUAAGCACCAGCCUCCUCCCUUCAUAUGUCCAUCGCGAUCUCACCUUGCCCUGCCCACUUCGUCAUUGUUUUGUUACCCAACUGAUCGUCCAGUCUCGAGGCCUUGGAACAGCUGCUACAAGUACGCAGGAGGAUUGGGUCUCGCUCACGAUGGGAGAGUUCCAGGAGCAGAGUCCCCGCCAUGUCGGCAUCGUUGGGGCUGGAAUUUCUGGCCUGCGUUGCGCAGAUGUCCUGCUUUCUCGUGGAUUCGAGGUCACCAUGAUUGAGGCCCGGGACAGAAUCGGAGGGAGGAUCUGUCAGUCAGACGAGCUGGGGUACACUGUCGAUAUUGGUCCCAAUUGGAUCCAUGCCUGGACAGACUCGGACGAACCCCAUCCGAUCUACAGGGCUGCUACCGAGACCGGCACUCCCCUUCACCACUGGAACAACAAACAACUGAUCUACGACUCCGCCGGCGACACCCUGCCCGACGCCGUGACGGAGCGUCUGUCCACCCUUCUCUGGGAGAUCAUAGAACAGGCCUUCAAGUUCAGCCAGGACGCUCACGACACCGGCAGAGCUGCCGACAUUCCGAGCAAAGAGUCUCUUCAUGACUUUGUGAAGAAGAAGGCCGAGGAGCUCGUGCAGGAUGAGACGGAGCGGGGCCUCCUGGUCCAGAUGAGCGAGAUGUUUGGCGCCUACGUCGGCGAGCCCGUGUGGAAACAGAGUUUGAGGUUUGCCUGGAUGGAGGAAUGCUGUGGCGGAGAUGAGAUGUUUGUCGAAUCCAACUAUUCCAGCAUCCUCCAGCGUAUUGCUGGCCCCGCCCUCAGGAGUGCACGCAUUCUGCUGGGCAAACGCGUGACGGCCGUGUUGACUCCCGAGUCUCGCGCACCGGGAGGGAAGGUGACGGCGACGACGCAGAGUGGCGAGACGUUUUUCUUCGACGAAGUCGUCAUCACGACGCCCCUGGGCUGGCUGAAGCACAACCUUGACGUCUUCUCGCCGCCUCUACCGGCUCGGAUCAGCGCGGCGGUGAACAACAUCGGCUUGUCACAGCUGGAAAAGGUGUUUAUCACCUUCCCGUCCGUCUUCUGGACAGCCGACCCCGACGCAGAUACAUUUCCGUGCUACGCCAACUGGCUGGCCCCGGACUAUGCAGGCGACACCAACCCGCAAGGAUGGCCGCAAGAGAUCUGGGACCUGUCGUCCUUCAAGGCGCCCAACAACCACCCCACCAUCCUCUUCUAUCUCUACGGCGACUGCUCCCGCCACAUCGUCGACACGAUUUACGGGAAGCCCAAAGACGACAAAUUCCGGCUGCUCGACGAUUUCUUCCGCCCGUACUACUCCCGCCUGCCCGGCUUCGCGGCGGGGGACGAGAGGUGCGUCCCCGCGGCCAUCCUCGCGACCGAGUGGCUGAAAGACGAGCUCGGCGGCGGCGCGAGCUACUGCAACUUCCCGGUGGGCAUCGAGGAGGCCGACGAGGACGUCUUGGCUUUCCGACGCGGCUGCGAGGAGAGGCGGCUGUGGUUCUGCGGCGAGCACGCCGCGCCGUUUGAGGAGUGCGGCACCGUCGCUGGCGCGUACCUGAGCGGGGAAAAUGCGGCGGAGAAUAUCUCCCGGGUCUACGGGAGUCGGGCCAAAACAAAUCUCGUCAUUUCGUCCUUGCAGGGCUGCGGGGGGCCGCUUCAGUGUUCCUUGCAGCCCUACGACGCUAAAAGCUACACUACGAGUCUACGACAAUACCGGACCACUCAGUGGGUAAUAGCGGUUGACACGAGGUCGUCGUCGUCGCAUCCUGUCGCCUCUCCUGAUGAAAGUAUGGCGCUGGCAGUAUCGCCCCACCAGAGGAGGUGUGCCGCGUCCAAUCACAUCGUCAGCCAAACCGCCAGCACCAGGUUCGCUCGCCUAUCAGAUUGA